UAAACUUGUCAGCCAAUCAAAUAGCCAGAUUCCUGUCAGCUGACUUACUUAGCCGGUUCUUUCUGAGUGACUUUGCGGGGAAUAGGUUUGGAGCCUUGAGAGUUUUUGCAGCUUACCGACCUCCUAGGAUACUAACUGUCUUUACAGUAGUAGUGAAUCCCUUCUUUUUCGAAGCUUCCCAGACUAAAUAGCCAUGAGUUCACUCGAAGAACGCCGCGAAGCCCGCCGCAGAAAGCGAAUGCAGGAAGAAUCAGACUCAAACAGAAAUGGUUUGGUUAACUCAUCUGUCAGAGAGGAACAAAUCGAAACGCCACAGAAACGUCAACUGAAAGCGAAUCGGUUAAGCAGGCUUGCCGCGGAAGUAAACAGUUUUAAUGAAGAGGAUGAUUAUGAACGUAAACGACGGGAACGAAGAGAGGCUCGUGAAGCCCGGUUAAGGGCAGCUUCAGAAACAGUUGAAGAAGACACAACAUCUCGCCGCUCAAGGAGACGCCAAGUGGAAGAGGAAUCUGCUCCAGAACCUCAAGAGGAUAGCAGACGUUCCCGCAGAAGACGCGGUGGUGAUGAUAGGGAGGCCCCUGCUGAAGAAACCAGCCAAGAGGACGAUGCUGCAGCUGCUGAAGAACGCAGACGGAAAGAAGAAGAGGAUGCUGCUGCUGCUGCUGCUGCAGCCGAAGCUGCUGCUGCUGAAGAAGAAAAGAGGCGACAAGAAAAUGAGGAACGCCGAAAGAAGGAAGCCGAGGAAAGGGAACGCCGAGAAGCAGAAGAGGCUCAAAGAAAGAUCGAAGAAGAAAAACGUGCUGCCGAAGAUGCUGUAAGACGACAGGCAGAAGAAGAACAGCAGAAGAAAGAGGAAGAAGAACGCAAGAAAAGAGAAGCAGAAGAAAGACGCAAAAGGAUUAAUGCAAGUUACAAACAACUGGUUACCAAGGAGACAUCAAACGGUUGUGACCCCAUUUCAUAUCAUUAUAACAUUAAAAGAGACAUCACAUAUGGCUGUAAUAAUGAGGACGAUGGGGAUGAUGAGAAAGAUGAUGACGAUGAAGAGGAUGAUUGUGAUAGCGACUUCGAAGAAGGACCUGAGAAAUCUGACACAUCAUUGGAACUUCAAAACCACAAUGGAAAUUCCGAUAAUCCUUUUUGCUCUCCUGUAAAAGACACCUUUGAAUCUUGUGCUGAAAUUCGAGUAAGUAGUGCAGAUCCUGGGCCACUUUCAGCAGCAAUCCUAAAUAAUAUGUACCCAAAGGUUGCCAACGAUGAUUAUAAUUAUAAGUCUUCAAACCUAACUGAAACAAGGGAAUCCACUUCACCUGACUCUGGUAAAUUUAGUUUUCUUAGUGUUCAUACCAAUCAUUUGGAACCGGUUCCAUGGUUGAAAGAUCCAAAACAACCAGAUUACCAGACAAAUAAAAGGCAUGGCUCUCCUGAGAAGAAUCUUAUUCCUAACAGAGGUUCAAACUUGAAGGAUAUACAAAAGAAAUUUGAAGCUGUGAGUAAACAAGAACCAAAAGAAUUUGGUAAAAGAAAUAUAAAUCUUCAAGAAAACGGUUUAAUUUCUUCCUUUAAAGUGCCAUCACGAACCCUAAUUAACAGUGAUUCAAUAAAAGACUAUAAAUCCAAACUAGAAAGUUCCUUAAGCAAAACUAAGAUUCAAUCCCAUCACAAUAAACUGUCGACUGAAAGUGGAGUUAAAAACCCUUCCAUUCUCGAAGAUCUUACUAAUUCUAAAAAUAAAAAUUCCUCCUAUAAUAAUAGUAAUAAUGAUAAUAUUAAUAAUGAUAAUAAUCGUUAUUAUAACAACAACAACAAUAUAAUCACAAAGAAUAAUAACAACAACAAUAAUUCUGGUCUGAGAGUAAGAGAAAAGACAGUCAAAGUUUGCAAUAAAUGGCCACCAGAAAAAGCUACCAAGGUGCAUGAUAUUUCCAAACGCCACGAUGAUUCUGAGACUGAUUCUUCCCCACAUUGUGAACCUGACACAAAGCCAGCUGUUCUUGUUAGCCAGAAAAGUGUGGUCAAACGAUGGCCUCAUGCUCAAACGGCACAGAUUUCUAUGGCAAAGCGUCCAGAAAAAUUGACAAGUUGGUCAUCAGGUGUAAAUGGAAAUGGUUCCAUUACACAGCGCCUAGAUUACAAAACGGACGUGCGAGGGAGAUGGCCCCCAGAAGUUGAUCUCAAACAAACUGCUAGAGAAAGCAUAUCAUCAGCAUUAGCUCAGAAGAUUUACAAACCACCUUCGAAAGAUGCAACAGGUGUGUCAGGCCAAAAUUUAAGAAAAGAUGUAAUUAGUGAAACAGCUGUUGUGCAAGUUUUUUUACAGACACCAGAAAAUACUCGAUUAAAAGACGGAACAUCCACUUGUAAAGUAAUCCCUAAAUCUCAAGAAAAUAACGAACUGAUUAUUCCUCAUCACUCAUAUCAUAACGGACAUGUACCGGAAACCAGAAGCUCUUUACUUACUAACCUGCAUGCUGUUAAAGAUCAAAAUCUUUCAUAUACAUCUUUUGUACCUUCUACUAACCAACACCAAAGCAAUGAUGAUGAUGAUGAUGAUGAUGAUGAUGACAGUGGGGAUGAGGUCAAAGGCCAAACUGUAUCAUCUGCUCAUUGUCUUAUUCAUUGGCAAAGUGGAAAGAAAGAAGAAGAGGAACGCGAAGAGGCCGAAAGGAAAAAGAGACAGGAAGAGGCUGCCCGGCGAAGGCACGAGGAGGAAGAGAAGAAAAAGAAGGGCAAAAGAAAGGGUUUGGGUGGCCUGUCUCCAGAGAAGAAGAAACUACUCAAGAAACUUAUUAUGCAAAAGGCCGCUGAAGACUUGAAAAAUGAAGCUAAACGGAAAGCUGAAGAAAAAGAACGCUUCAUUUGCGAGAGGGUUGAGCCAUUGAUUACCGAGGGUCUAAAUGAAGCACAGUUGCAAGAUCUGGUAAAGAAACUCCAUGCGAAAACAGCAGAGCUUGAAGAAGAAGUCUAUGACUGUGAAUUUAAAAUCAGAAGACAAGAAUUUGAGAUCAAUGACCUCACAAUAAAGGUUAAUGACACCAGAGGCAAAUUUGUCAAACCUGUUCUCAAAAAAGUAUCCAAAACAGAAGCCAAGCUUGCCAAGUUGGAGAGGAAGAAGGCUGAAAACUUCCGUCCUACUUUGAAAUCCACACAUGAGUCCCAAAAGGAGGAAGACGGUGCAGCUGAAGAAUGAGGUGCAUGAAGUCGGCGUUUGAUGUAAGGGUGAGAAGCAGGCCAGUGAAACAACAACAACAUGGAAGUUCCAGAAGACAUCUCUACUCCAUAGUGUCAUCCUAGCCUGCAUCAGAUCCCCUUUCUCCACUCCUUCACCUCUCUCUCCUCCCCCUUGAGUGCUAUGUUUUGUAAAAAAUAAAGAGAAAUCUAGCUUCGGAACAGGAA